AUGUCGGCCGAUCCCCCUGCUAACCUCCAGGUCUUCUCGCCUACAGGGUCCGGCCGCUCGAGUCCCGUACCGCGGGCCUCGCGCGCUGCCGCCGAAGAGCCGCUGUACAAGAAAGAAAAAGGAUUCCGACGGUAUGCGGCCGGUGUCGAGCGCGCCCUCGCCCUCUGGGACUCGGCCCAGCAAGAAUGGGCCGACUAUAUUUCGUUCCUGGGAAGGCUGCUGAAGGCCCUGCAAGCGCACCCCUCAGACAUACCCGUCAUACCCCAUAGCGAUACUGUCGCACUGCGAUUAGCGCAGUGCUUGAAUCCAACAUUGCCCUCGGGCGUCCACCAGAAAGCUCUCGAAGUCUAUGACUACAUCUUCUCUACCAUCGGUAAAGACACCCUCGCCCGUGACCUCAACCUGUACUUUCCCGGUCUUGCCCCUGUCCUCUCCUUUGCCUCGCUUUCGGUUCGUCCGCUGUAUCUCGCUCUCUUUGAGAAGCACAUUCUGAGGCUCGACGGAGCUGCGCUUCGCCCGGCAUUGAAAGCCAUUAUACUAUCGCUUCUCCCUGGCCUGGAAGAUGAGACCAGCGAAGACUUUGAGCACAUGGUGUCUGCGACGGAGAAACUGCGCAAUGCUGUCCACGAAGACCCGGACGAAGUGGCAGAUUCAAAGACUGCCAGCGGCUCGUCUCAUUUCUGGCAGUGUUUCUUCCUGGCUACAAUCACCAAUGCAUCCAGAAGGCAAGGCGCGCUUGCAUUCCUCGUGCGCCGCUUGCCCAAGUUCGGACGGCCAAACCGCCGCAACGCUCCAUCAGAUGCCUCAAUGCCGUCUGAAAACCCAUCAGCCGAAGCCGAGGCUGCCACGUCCCCGGAGCCAGGUCUCUUGAUCCGGUGCUUUGAGUCUGGCCUUUCUGACCCGCAAAUACUCAUACAACGCGGAUUUCUCGAUUUACUCGUCACUCAUCUGCCUCUUGAUUCACCUGUCCUUCAGGAGCGUGUUGGAAAGGGGGACCUGGAACGGCUUGUGGCAGCGGCCGCUGGCGUAGUAUCGCGAAGAGAUAUGAGUCUGAAUCGCCGGCUCUGGGCGUGGUUCCUUGGUCCUGAGCCUGCGGCAUCUGAAGGCAACGAGGGCCUCAACUCUCCCAUGUUGGACAACCAGAACGCUUCCGCUGACCCUUCUGCACAUCAAGCUGCCUUCUUCUCACAAUAUGGUCUUGAGGCACUCACAAAUAGCGUGCUGAAGAUGAUAAACCGACGUAGCGAAAUACCCACGGAGCGAGCGCGUCCUUUUAGAGUCUGCCUGUCCCUCAUGGAUCGUUGGGAGGUGGGUGGGCUGAUUGUGCCUGAGAUUUUCCUCCCAGCUUUGCAGAGUGUUCAUUCGUACAGCGAAACUGCCUCGCGGGAUCAAGUCGACGAAGUAGUGAGAAGCGCCAGUGCCUUCUUUGAUGGCGUCGACAGCGGCCUGAUUUGGGGUAAGCUUAUCCAACUCAUCACAUCUUCGCUGCAGACCGAUGCGGCUUCUCGUAACGACGCCCUGCGCAAGAUGAAGCUGGCAAAGUUCAUUCUUGCGCGUUUCAACCUCAAAGAAGAGGAUAUGCUCCUACACCACAUGCCCUUGAUGGUCCUAUCGACACUCAUAUGCCUCAACCAGUCUCCCGACGUGGCCGACAUGUCACCAGCAGAUAGAGAAGUCAGGAGUCUUGCUCUGGAGAUUGUAGACUCGCUGGUUCAGAUUGUACCAGACCGCUCGUUCCAAGGGGGCCAAGCAACGGACCAACAACUAUUGGAAGCCAUCAAGACGGCUCCUUCAAACGCGUCUCAAAAGAUUCAAGGGUUUUAUGAGGAAUCCCACGGGAGUCUUGACACGGUGGAUCCUCCCUUCGACUCAAGGCAGUUGGGGCAAAUUGUUCUCCGUGAGGCCUCGCGCAUGCUCAGUGGGGUCUUGCAAUCGCGCGGUUCUCAGACUGCUUCCGAGGCAUCUUCCAGGAUUCUUGCGAAUUUGAUAUUCAAAACCCAGUGCAUGAAGGCUAUUCAAGAGACUGAUCUGCCGGCGGUAUUUGGAAAGAUUCUGGAAAUGCCUGAUAGCUCCAAGUCUAUCCCGCCGUUUCCUCAGUUGAGCGCCAUGACUAGUGUCCUGUUUGCACUCCAGACUGCACUUCCAUCCGGGCCUUGUAUUACACCAUCUCAACUAUCCGAGCUUGUCUACCCUCUGGUUGAGUAUUCUUGGGAAUACCUCUCGCCAACACUACCCAAGUAUCAUGUCGAGACUGCUCGGUGCUUGCUGUUGCUGCACUCCAUGGCCCCGGCAAGUCGCAUGGUUGAGAGUGCGAUAUCCUCCAUCAUUGUAAAGCAAAUGCCGCGAACUCUUGUGUCAGAGGGCUCUUCCAACUGCGCUCGACGAUUCGCCACACUAUGGACACACAUCAUGCAUGAGCUGAGCCUGCAGGCAGAGAAACGCCCAAACGUCUCGCGCCGAACGAGCGCCAUUGCUCUUCCCAUCUCGGUGCCUGCUAGCGAAUUCCAUGCCGUCUUGACAAGACCGCUGCUGUUGCUUCUGGACACGCUAGCAGAUGAAGAGUCGGAAACAUCGACAUUUAUGCAGAGUUGGCUGCAAGAUCUGCCAAGUUUAAACCGGGUCAUCGAGGUGCUGACAGUACACAUCCGGUCUAUGAACUGCUUGGCAGCAUCGGGCAGUCUGAAGCCUGAGCAAGCUGCAAAAGGACACCAGCGGCCAUCAAAAAGAGAUGACACCAAAGAGUGCCUGUAUUACCUCAGGCACAUCUCCAAUGUGGUCAAAAGACCGUCACAUUUCACCUGGGUAACGCUUGCUGAGAUGACUGUGGCUUCUUCAGAAGAGUCGUCAUCACGGAUGGCGAUCCAGGAAUGGCUUGUACGCACAUGCUUGGAGACGCUAUCGCUACAGGCCGGCACACGCGAAAAGGAUCUUGAGCCUCAUAUACAUGAGCUGCACAGGCUAUCUGUAUCGGUUAUAUCGCAAAUCUAUCGAAGCCCCUUUGCUGCUCCGCUUCGAGAGCUGGAGCUCGAAAUACCCCUUAUGAAUAGACUACGAUCAGCUAAUCCAUCCUUGCAGAGCCUGCUGCUGGGUGCAGAGCUGGCUGCACUGAGACUCCGCCUCACUCGUCCGCCAGAGCCGGCGCCUGAACCCAAGACGUCCAACCUUCCUACGAACCGCUCCCGACUAUCUUUGACGCUGCGCAGAGAAUCCGAAGACGAUGAGCCGGCGCCUGUCCCGCCACCUCCGCAGCUCAUCGAGUGCUUGAAGUUCGGCUUCUCAUCUCCAAGCAGUCGCUUCGUGCUUGAAGACUGGAUUCAUUUCCUUGUCGAGGUGCUGCCCAUGUUUGCCGACACGAUAUUCCAAAACCUGCUUCCCCUUGUCGAAUGUCUGUGCAAGCAGAUCAACAUUACCUUCAAUCAGCUCAAAUCCACCUUUUCGCAAAACGAGGCUCGCCGUGUGGUGUCACCCGAGUCGACACUGAUAUCGCUUAUGAACGGGCUGGAGCAAAUCCUAGCAAAGGCACACGAACGGCUGACGACGCAGGAAACGAAGGUGUCUGCCAGCAAAUCUCCUGAGCAGCCCCAGGGCUUUUUCAGCAACGUCGUGUCUGGCGUGUUCUCGUCUGAGAUUAACCAGACGCGUACCCCUACUGCGAACAGCCGGCUGACAGUUUUGCUCUGCUUCCAGGAUACGGUUCGAAUCUGCUUUUCCAUCUGGUCGUGGGGAGGCUACGGCCAAGGACAACAAGUGCAGGAUCCUACAUCGGCAUCAUCGUUUGCGUAUACAUCGCUGCGCAUGCGCAACCGGGCUCGGCGCACUCUGGAGCAUCUGUUUGACGCAGAAGCGCUCGAGUGUCUAGAGACGUUGGCAGUGCAGUGGGCCCACGCGGCACUCGACGACGUGCAGGGGGCAGCGAUUAUGGGGCUACUGAAUGUGCUCAAUGGCUCCAAGCCCAAACACACGAUCCCGGCGAUUUUCAACGCAGUGUAUAGCCGAACUGAUCCGGGAGCUCUGGAAGCCAGUAGAUUGUCCACUCUGACGUCUGACCUCACCGACACUGAACUGGUUGCUUUCCUUGUCGAAUACACCGACUCGCUCGAGGACGACGCCAUGGACGAGAUAUGGCAGGACUGCAUGCUGUUCCUGAAAGAUGUGCUUGCGAACCCGUUGCCGCAUCGACAGAUUCUGCCAAGCCUCCUUGAAUUCACGGGGGUUAUUGGGCAGAAGGUGGACAACACCAACUUUGGGGAGCAGCGAAGGAUGAGGAGGGAGCUUGCGGACAUCUUUGCCAGGAUUCUGACUGCAAUCUUCACGACGCGCUCCAUGGGUUAUCUGCAAGACUCGAAUCAGAGCACAGUGGAGAAGGCGACUGGGACAACAAACGGCAGCCGUGCACAGAAACGCGCGACGGACGUGGUGUCGAUCCUCACGAGCAUUGCACCCAAGCUGCCCAUCAUCCUGGUGGAGAACGAUCGGGUUACCAAGGUUGUAUCGGACAUUUCGACGUCUGUCAUUGGGCCGACGUUUCGCACCAAGGCGUUUCCGGAAAACGUGUCGAGGAGCAUGCUGGACCUGCUGCAUGGGCUGGUCAAGAUUGCGCAGAGCAACAAGCUGCUCAAGAAGGACAUUUACGAUGCCUUCAAUGACGCAAGGUUCUUCCACACGCCACUGCCCCUGAUGCAGGACGCAUGGCUGCCGAUUCUGGCGCAGUGGACGCAGUCGGACAAGGAGCGUGUGCCCGAGUUACUAGCGCGGCUAUCGGCCCCGACGAGCGCGGGCAUUGUGUUUGGAGUCGGGGCUACGUCUGCUCGGCAAGAAGCAGACCGCAAGACGCAGCUUACGCUACGGCGCAUUGCAUUACUCAUUCUGGGAAGCCCCGAGGAUGCGUUUACCUCCAACAUUGGGCAGAUUGUCGAGAAGCUUGUCGAGCUGCUCACUGCCACGCCGGCGUCGUCGCCGUCGUCGACGACUCGGGCCGAGGUGAUUAUCGUGGUGCGGGCUCUGAUGCUCAAGACGUCGGCCGUCCAUCUGGCGCCGCUGUGGCCAGUGGUCAACGGCGAGUUGACUUCUGUGCUGUCGGCACUCUUGCCCGAGGCAGCCAACAAGGAUCACUACAACAACGCGGGCAUCAUCCAGGGAUGCAAGUUGUUGGACGAGCUAGUGGUGCUGGAUCCGGACGACUUUCAGCUCAUGGAGUGGCUGUUUAUCACCGACACGAUUGACGCCGUGUACAAACCCAUGCACGCGCCGACAGUCAUGUCGCUCACCGACGAGAUCAACGAGGUGCUGACCAUGUCUUCCUCAGCGCCCGCAGCGCCGGUUGCGCCGCAUGGCGCAUCCGAGGCGGAUGAGGCCAAGCGAAGGCUGCUGCUCGACCCGCUGAUGGAGGCGCUGGAGAAGGAGGAGGGGGCAGCGGUGCUGGACAUGACGCGAGGCGAGCUGGUGAGCCGGGUGGUGAGGCCGUUCCUGGGCAACGUUGCGAUGAAUGCGUUUGAGGCGAGGUAUGGAGGAGGCAAGGCGGACUGGCAGGGCGUGUGGGCGAGCGUGGUGGCAGAUGCAGCGUCUUGA